CAUAUGGAGAUGUUUGAUGAUACGAUACGAGAAUUAUUGAGUAAAAACAAGGAUAUUGCAAAAAUUGUGGAUUUAGAAAAACUUUCAUAGCAACCAGGAUUUAAGAUUGAGCAAAAUAAUAGCUAUGUUUAUAUAGGAUAGGUGUUAAAUGGAAUGAAGCACGGAACAGGUAGUUUUGGGAAUAUUAUAUCUAGGUAUUUUAAAACUUUUAGACUCCCUAAGAAUUUAUGUGGGAGAAUGGCAAAACGAUAAAAAAUGUGGGCUUGCUUAUGAAAAAUUCUAAAGCGGAGCUGAGUAUUUCGGGAACUACGAUAACAAUAAAUAAAAUGGUUAUGGAGAAUAUGUUUGGGCUAAUGGAGAGAGUUACAAAGGAAAUUGGGUAGAGGGCAAGAAGUGUGGUUAUGGAGAAUGGUUUGGAUAAAAUACUUCGUAUAAGGGUGAGUGGAAUAAUGGAUUUGUUGAAGGGAAAGGAGUGUAUUAAUCUGAAAAUGGUAUUUUUGAGCUCAUAAGUCAGGGGAUUAAUAUACAGGAGACUUUUUGCAAUCUAUGAAGCAUGGAUUAGGAGAGGAAUUAUUUGCUAAUGGAGACAAAUAUGCAGGCAGUUUUAAAAAUGGGAAGCCAGAUGGCUAUGGAGAAUAUUAUUGGAAAAAUGGAAGUUUAUAUUAAGGUACAGUUUGAUUUCAUUGAAGGUUUCUUCAUGGAUGGCAUGAGACAUGGGCAUGGAGUUUGGUAAUCUAAUACUCAGGGUAAAAUUGAUAGGUACGAGGGAGCCUAUUCUAACGAUAAAAAAUGUGGAUACGGAGAAUUUGUGUGGUCCAACGGGACUGUCUAUAAAGGAAAUUAUUUUGAUGAUUAUAGGUAGGGGUAUGGUGAGAUGUAUUAAAACGGAGUUAUCUUUUAUAAGGGAGAAUGGGAUCGAGGAGUCUAAGUGGAAAAAUCAAACACAAGAUUUAGAUUUUAAUAGAAAAUGAAAACUCAAGAAACGACAACCAGGAAAUGGAAGUUCAACAACAUUGAUGAAAUUUAAGAAUUAGAAGAAGAAACUGUAACUUCUGGAGCUGAAACAAAAAACGAGAAUAAUCUCAAGACUAUUUAAAAAAGUUCUCAAUAAUGUCGUUUGAAGACCUUAAAUGUGGAGAGUAAACCAUAAAAUAAUGAUUAUACUCCCAUGAAACGAAGUCUCUAACUAUAAAAAAAGGCUCCACCGAUUAUCCAAACAAGAAGUCGAACGCAAUCAAUGGGAAGUUGUAAAAUACCAAUUCUAUAAUAAAAAUAAAGAUCAAAUUCGAAUUAGAUUACCAACAACUAAAAAAUUGAAUAACUAGUUAAAUUGUCUCCUUAUAAGCAAACUCUUAGAAGUGGAAGAUUUAAAUUAUAGAAAAUAUAACUAUGA